CACAAGUUGCACAAACAAAGAAACGAGAGGGAAAGGAGAAAGACAGCGCUCUUUAUCACUCUGCAGCAACGAGUGUAGGAGGACAGGCCGAGACGACCCAGCACCCCAAGCUCCACGAGUGAGAUCGAUGGAGCUCUUCCCUUCCCAGCCGGAUCUCUCCCUCCAGAUCGGCCUCCCCACCAGCCCCACGCCCCACGACCACCACCACCACGCCGCCGCCCUCAGCGCCAGGUUCUUCGCCGCGGCAGGCGGUGGCGGUGGCAACGGGGUUGGCAACCCGGCGGCCAUGCCGCCGUCGCUGCAGCUGCCCGUGCCGCUGCCGCUGCCGCUGCCGGUGCAGCUGCCCAUGCCCCCCAGCGCCGCCGCCGCUGCCGGCGCGGCAGGCCUGUACUACCACCCCGACGCCGCCGUGCUGCGGCCCAUCCGCGGCGUGCCGCUGUACCAGCACCCGCACACGCACGCGGUGCCGCCGACGUUCCCGCCGCACUCGGCGGCCCCGGGGCCGUGCUUCUGCGAGCCGUGCCACGUCGCCGCGGGCGCCUGGCGCCGCGCCGGGUGCGGCGCCGGGGCGCGCGUCGCCGGCUUCCCACCGGCCAAGCGCGCCGCGAGGGCGCCGCGCAUGCGCUGGACGUCCACGCUCCACGCGCGCUUCGUCCACGCCGUCGAGCUCCUCGGCGGCCACGACAGGGCAACGCCAAAGUCAGUUCUUGAGCUCAUGGACGUGAAGGAUCUCACCCUGGCUCAUGUCAAGUCUCACUUGCAGAUGUACAGGACCGUGAAGAACACCGAAAGGCCGGCAGCUUCGUCAGAUCAAGCUGAUGGGUUUGAGAACGGGUCGGCCGGCGAGAUCUGCGACGACAACUCGCUCGACCUACACGGCUACGGCGGCGGCAAGCCGGAGUCGGCGGCCGCGGCACGGCAUGGAAGGUUAGCUGCCUGUAACGAUCAUGGGAGCAGCACCGGUGCUCAUUGUGCCCUCUGGAAUAGCUCCUCAAGGGAGGACUGGACCGGCUUCCCAAGCGAGUCCAACACUGGGAGCAUGCAUUCUCUCAAGGAGCAGAUGCAGUCCAAGAGCCUGGAGAUCCUCUCGGACAUGAACUCCUGCGUGUCGGAGACGACGUCCAGCACCAGCGAGCUCAACCUCGAGUUCACCCUGGGGCGGCCGCAGAACCGGCCAAACUGAGAUCAGACCACGCCGCAUCAAGCUCUAACUAACCGGAGGUCAUCACCGUCGCUGCCGACAAGGAUUAGCUAGCUAGGGGCACGCUUUGCUUGCUCAUGGAUCAUGUUAAGAUGGAUGGAUGGUCCCAAAGAGGGGGCAUCAUCUUUCACUGUUAAAAGGAGGCCAUGGACAGGGAGCAGCAAAAGGAGGAGGGAACUAAAGGUAGCAGGAGGAGCAGCAGCAGCUAGGGUGGUAGAGAUUGAUCGCGAUCGAAAGCAGCUAGCUCUCUGCAGCGUGUAAUGGAGUUGUUAGCGUUUAGGAGGAUCUAAUCUGUUAAAGAGGUAGCUUUUUUGGAGCAGCAAUUCGUGCAUGAGCUCUCGCUAGGGGCCUGGAGCCCAAAGGAGAAAAGAGGGCGGCCUGUGCUGUUGCUUUCUCCUGCUUCAUCUGUCACAUGCCAAUGUAUGAUCGAGCUCGAUUUGCUCUAUAUCUGUGACGAGCUUAGCUUUAGUUUUGAUGA